GGUAUUUUAAAAAAUUAAUAACUAUUUUAAAAAUCUUUUUAAAUUUUUAAUUCCAGUAUACAAUUAUUGUACAAUACUGUAAAGUUGGAGAUAAGUAUGAGGCUAAAUCUUUAGUAUUGAAGACUGCAUAGGUUUCACAAAGAUUUCGGACUUUGUAAUCAAAUGAAAUGCUGAAAAUGCGAUUGGUUUUAAUUUUUGUCAUAAAGCUGGUGUAUUCCAGUCAGCAAUAUCGAAUGAAUGGCAAUAUUAUAAUUGGCGCCAUAUUACCAAUGUCCGAGAACGAUAGUAAUUGUGAAAAACCAAAUUUGGAAGGUAUUGCACAUGCAGAAGCAAUUGUCUACGCGAUAACUCUUCUCAACACAAAUACAUCCAACACUAUUGGUUACGACAUUCGAGAUAGUUGCAACAACGCCGUUAUCGAGCGCAAGCACUGUAGUGACAUGAGCGAGGAAGCCAUAAGUUACAAAAAAAAUAGCUCGAAGCCUUUUCCAGUGAGCGCAGUUAUUUCUAGAUUUUCAAAAGAUUCUAUAGAUAACUUGAAAUAUUUUACGGACCCGACACCUAUACUUCAGAUUAGCUACAGUUCAAAGAACGCAAGGUUGAAUAUUCCUGAUUCAGAAAUAGAUCAACGAAUGUCGAUGCUAUUAUCCGCUUUUCCUGAUAGGACAAAUAGAAUGAUAUCUGUUGCAGCUAUAGUUAAAGAGUUUGGUUGGCAGUAUGUUCAUGUUGCCGUAUCUGAUGAUCUGCAAGGUAACAAAGGUUAUGAGGUUUUAAAAGAAGUAUUGUUCAAAGUAAAAACGUGCAUCUCCAAAUUUUUUUUGUCUGACAAAACAAGCAUGAAAAACCUUGUUGAAACUGUUAAAAAAAACACUUUGGUAAAAGUUCUUGUUGUUCAUGCAACAGAGGUUAGCGAGUUAUUAUUUUAUAAAAUGUUAAAUGCUGAAGGUCUUAAUCACUUGACAAUUAUUACUACGACGGAUUGGUCAACAGAAUUGAAUAAAUUGAAAAGUUAUCCAAACGUAGUAGAAGGUAUGAUUUAUAUCAGCGCAAAUUUUAUUCAGAAAUUCAAAGACUAUAUUGGAACUUUGAGUAGAGAAGAAUCUUACAACAAGCCUUGGCUAAAAAACUUAUUUCUGCCCGAAUGCUUUUCGAACCCACUUUCAAAGUCGUACUUCUGCAAUGAUAACGAAGCUACAGUUUUAAAAAAUUUAAAAGAUGAAUCACAAAAAGCUAUCCAUUCAUUAAACUCUGUUUUUACAGUUGCUAGUCUAGAGAAUAAGUUAAGAGACGUUAGUCCAUCAAUAAAUGAAGCUAUUGGAAAUCUUUCAGUUAGAGUAAAGUUUUUAGACUACGACGAUCGUCUUUAUAUGCUAUAUUUUACUGAUAGACUUACUGCAACCGAAAAAGAAUUUACCAUUUACAACGUACAAUUAAACAAGCCUGACGAGUUUGUUGUCAUGAAAAUCGGAUCGUGGUCAAGCCAAUCGAAACUUAAAAUUGAAAAGUACAAAAUUAAAUGGAAAAACGAUGCUGAAUCAAUUCCUAAAUCCAUCUGUUCAGAAGAUUGCUCUCCUGGAUUAAUGCGAAUAGUUGUAAGCGAAAAGCAAAAAUUAAAAUCAGAAAGUUGCUGCUGGAAAUGUGUAGUUUGCCCUAAUUUGUAUAUUAGCAACAUUACUAAUGCUAAAGAAUGCAUACCAUGCGAAAAAGGAGAGGUUUCAAAUCCAACCAAAACAAUAUGUAAAAGAUACAUUCUUCGUAACCUGAACUGGUCAUCAGGAGGAAUAGGGUCGCUUGUUGUCUUUUUAAUAUUCAUUGGAUGUGUUUUUGUUUUAUUUGCAGUUGUUAUAUUCACAGUAAAGUAUAAUCACGAGAUAGUAAAGCUCUGCGACUAUAAGUUAUUAAUCUGGUAUCUUAUAGGAUGUCUGAUCAUACUUUUUUCUUCUGUACCACUAAUAAAUAAGCCAACAGUUUCUGGAUGCUCAACAUACCUAGGAUUUUUCAAUUUUGGUAUAACAAUUGUAUUUAGCGCGUUGUUUUCCCGUAGCGAAUACAUUAACCAAAAAUAUAAAACCGUGAGCGAUAGUAUAGAUAGAUUCUUUUUUCUUAAAUCAAUGUUUUCUCCAAGAGUUGUUACCAUUUUUGUGUUAGUUUUAAUUCAGUUUCUUAUUCUAUUAAUUGGUUUAAAUAUUUACCCAAUUAAAAUUAUUCCUAAUGAAACAGAAAUUUGGGACGUAAAGUGGCUUGGAUGUUCAAGUUCGUUAAGCUAUGUUUGGUGGGCUUCAUUUAGUUUUAAUAUUGCAUUAAGCAUUACUGGUAAUUUUAUAUCAUGCUGGUCUUCAAAUAUGAAGAAAAAUGGUGGCGAGUUAAAACACAUUGCAAAAACGUAUUGUGUUUUUUAUUUAUUAUGUUUGGUUGAAAUCAUCAUAAUUUAUAGUAAAUUCAACAAACAGCUUGAAGAAAGCCUCGCUGUAAUGUCAUUUGUCUUUUCUUUUUCUUUAUUACUCACGUUCAUUGGACCAAAGUUAUUUAUCAUUUACUUUAAAACAGGAAAAGAUGGCAAAUCUAUUUAUACAGAGUUAAAGAAAGAUAGUAAUAGAAAAUCUAGAGGAACAAUAUUUACGAGAGGCAUCACUGAUCACGAAGUUGUUGAUUUGCAGAUAAAAAGUUAAAAAAACACUUUUUUACUCAACUUAUUAAAAUUUAAUUUAUUUUUCACACAGGAAAAAAAAAUGAUAACUUGAAAUUAUUUGACAACUUCAUUAUAAAUUAUUAUUAAAAUGUAUAAAUUCAUGUACUGCAUAUUUAUUUCACCAUAAUAUUUUAAUAAUAAAUAUAUUUUUACAA